UCGCAGUCAAUACUUUCAAUAAUAAUAAUAAUAUUCUCGCUUUUGUUGGAUUACAUUUUUUUGUUUAGUUUUUUACCUUAUUAGUAUUUUAUUUUUCCCUCUCUCAUCGUGCGGUCUCCGGGGAUCAGCCAUUGGACGUCGACUAGCUUACUCACCAGUCUAUGAUCGUCGAUCGUCCUGUGUGAAGCCGGUCGGUUCUGCAUCAUCGACAUAUUAUUUUAGUCAUUGUCCGGUACUUGAUCUUUCAUCAUGAGUGUACAAGGAUUUGAGGAUCUAAUUCAUGGUCCUUUGACCACUUUUGUACAAUUAUCCAAUCAAAUUGGUGGUGAUGUAGCCACUCAGGCUGCACUUGUACUUAGUGCUUUUCAAGCUGAGUUUCAAUACAUCAAAUAUGCCAGUGAACAUAGUGCACCAAGUGAAAGUGAAAAGCAAAAACUAUUACUUCCUACCAGUACAAAAAUCCAAGAAAUCCAAACACUGAGAGAGAAAAACCGCGGGUCUCCAUUUUUCAAUCAUCUCAGUGCCAUUAGUGAAAGUAUACCUGCAUUAGGUUGGGUUGCUGUGUCUCCUACUCCUGCUCCUUAUGUUAAAGAAAGCAAUGAUACUGGUCAAUUUUACACAAACCGUGUGCUUAAAGAAUGGAAAGAAAAAAACAAAACUCAUGUUGAAUGGGCUAGAACUUGGGUCCAACUUUUAGUUGAUCUUCAAGCCUAUGUCAAACAACACCAUACAACUGGAUUGGUUUGGGCAAAAGCUGGAACAAAACCGUCCGGAGGUCCCCCACCCCCACCCCCACCAUGUGGAUUACCACCAAUGGAUGAUUUAUGUUUAGCUCCUGCUGAUCCAGAUACUACUAACCGUAACGCCUUAUUUGCAGAAAUCAAUCGUGGUGCUGAUAUCACUAAAGGCUUGAAAAAGGUAUCUUCGGAUAUGCAAACCCAUAAAAAUCCCAGCAUGAGAGUUAGUGGACCGGCCCCUGCUGUUAUUGGCAAUUCAUCAGGUGUGUCAGGACCUAAACCAGCUGUUGAAAAACCUCCAGUGUUUGCUCGUGAUGGUAAAAAGUGGCUCAUUGAAAACCAAAAGAACAAUACUAAUCUUGUGGUUGAUGGUGCUGAAAUGAAUAAUGUGGUAUACAUAUUUAAAUGUGUAAAUUCCACAAUCACAGUAAAGAACAAAAUCAAUUCGAUCGUCAUGGAUUCUUGUAAAAAAUCAUCUGUGGUAUUUGAAUCAUUAGUAUCAUCUGUUGAAUUUAUUAAUUGCCAGUCAGUUCAAAUGCAAGUAUUAGGUAAAGUGCCAACUAUUACUAUCGACAAAACAGAUGGCUGUCAAAUGUAUUUAAGCAAGGAUUCUUUAACUACUGAAAUUGUUACAUCCAAAUCAUCCGAAUUGAACGUAAUGGUUCCUAAGGCAGAUGGAGAUUAUUCUGAAUAUCCUAUUCCUGAACAAUUUAAAACAAAAAUUGGACCAAAAGGUCUUGAUACUGUUAUUAUUGAAGCUUCUGGAUAAAUUUUAAACAUUAAUUUCUCACUUGUUGAGUUCCACUUAUAAUCUUAAAUUUAUUCAGCAUUUAUAUACAAUUAGGAGUGAAAAGUAAUAUUUAUUUUAAUGUUGAUGUUCAACAUUUAAAAUUAAUAUCAUUAUUCAAUGUUACAUUUAUACAAAUAAUAUUGAAUAAAAUUAGAUUUUUUUUCUAUUGCUAACUAUAUUAAAUUAUGAAAGAAUGAGUGAGUAAUAAUUGUGUAUGGUCCUAAAUUUCCUUAUAAAUAUCCGAUUCAUACAUUUUAUAGUUUAAACCACAUAAUUUAUAUCCUGCUCAUCCCUAUAAAUAAUGCUCAUAUUUUUACAUUACUAUUAACUGGUUUUAACUAAACAUUAAUGAAUUUAUAAAUAAAGUAACUAUAAUUAACUUUAUAAAUUCUUCUGCUGAUUAAUAUAUUAUUCGAUACAAAUUGAUUGUGAUAAUUUUAUGUAAAAUAAAAACUAAUAUUAUUAAAUUAAGUAUAAUUCAGUUUUUUUAAAUUAAAAUUAUUAUACUGAUGAUCAUUGAAAUUAAUUGGUUCUAUACUAUUACCUACUAUUUUAUUUAUUUAUUUAUUCAUCAAUAUAGUUUAUACAACAAUAUUUGUAAUUUAUUAUUUAUCACAUUUAUACCUAACUUAUAAAUUGGUUUUAUGUGUAUUUUUUUGUACUACUAACUUAUAAUUAAAAGUGAAAAUCACAAUUUAAAAACUUUUAUACCUAAAUUAACUAAAUUUGUGUAAAUAUACAAACAAUGCAUUUUAGAAACUUGAAUAUUGUGAUUUUCAUUAAGACAUUUUUAUAUAAUAUAUUCUAUCUUUAAAUAGAAAAAUAUAUAAUUAUUUAAAAAAUUAUUGUUUUAUUUUUUGAUGUAUAAUAUUAUACUCUAUAUUAGCAAUGAAGUAAUUCGAAUCAGUGGUUGUGUAAUGUUAUGCCUGCUAGUCUUGUGGAGUUUUGAAGUAGAUGUUACAUCAAGAAGUGUAUAUUUAAAUAGAGAAAAUAGCUAUUAAGUUUGUGUUACGCUUUUAGUUUGUAUUUUGGUAAGCUAUACAAAAUAAUCUCUGGAUUUAAGCAAUAAUAUUUGGUGUUUAAAAACAAUAAGAUCACAAAUAUAUUUGUAAAAUAUUCAAUCAAA